CGCAGACGGGCCCGGCGGACGCGCGGGCCGGCGGGCUGACUGGGACCGGGGCCGGCGGGCGGUGGCCCUGCCUCGAGCCGCCGGCAUGACUGGCCGCGUGUGCCGCGGCUGCGGCGGCACCGACAUCGAGCUGGAUGCGGCGCGCGGCGACGCCGUGUGCACCGGCUGCGGCUCGGUGCUCGAGGACAACAUCAUCGUGUCCGAGGUGCAGUUCGUGGAGAACAGCGGCGGAGGCUCGUCGGCCGUGGGCCAGUUCGUGUCGCUGGACGGUGCCGGCAAAACCCCGACCCUGGGCGGCGGCUUCCACGUGAACCUGGGAAAGGAGUCAAGAGCACAGACCCUGCAGAACGGGAGGCGUCAGAUCCAUCAUCUGGGGAACCAGCUGCAGCUGAACCAACACUGCCUGGACACAGCCUUCAACUUCUUCAAGAUGGCCGUGAGCAAGCACCUGACCCGUGGCCGGAAGAUGGCCCACGUGAUCGCGGCCUGCCUCUACCUGGUGUGCCGGACAGAAGGCACCCCGCACAUGCUCCUCGACCUCAGCGACCUGCUCCAGGUGAACGUUUACGUGCUGGGGAAGACGUUCCUUCUUUUGGCGAGAGAGCUCUGCAUCAACGCACCAGCAAUAGACCCCUGCCUGUACAUCCCGCGCUUCGCCCACCUGCUGGAGUUCGGUGACAAGAACCACGAGGUGUCCAUGACGGCCCUGAGGCUCCUGCAGAGGAUGAAGAGGGACUGGAUGCACACGGGCCGGCGCCCUUCGGGCCUCUGUGGGGCAGCACUUCUAGUUGCAGCCAGGAUGCACGAUUUCCGGAGAACCGUCAAAGAGGUCAUCAGCGUGGUCAAGGUGUGCGAAUCCACGCUGCGCAAGAGGCUCACGGAGUUUGAAGAUACCCCCACCAGUCAGCUGACCGUGGACGAGUUCAUGAAGGUCGACCUGGAGGAGGAGUGCGACCCCCCGUCCUACACAGCCGGGCAGAGGAAGCUGCGGAUGAAGCAGCUGGAACAAGUCCUGUCAAAACAGCUGGAGGAAGUGGAAGGUGAAAUUUCCAGCUACCAGGACGCAAUUGAGAUUGAACUAGAAAACAGCCGGCCAAAGGCAAAGGGGCCCCUUGCCAGCCUGACAAAAGAUGGCUCCGCCGAGGACUCCACGUCCAGCCUGUUUGGUGAGGAGGACGCCGAGGAUGAAGAGCUGGAGGCCGCCGCCAGCCACCUGAACAGGGACUUCUACCAGGAGCUCCUUGGCGGAGGCGUUCCUGGCAGCUCGGAGGCAGUGGAAGGCCCUGAGGGGGGUGGCAGGCCCCCCGCCCUGGAGUCCCUGCUCGGCCCUCUGCCCACUGCGGCCAGUUUGGGCAUCUCGGACUCCAUCCGAGAGUGCAUCUCCUCCCAGAGCCGGGACCCCAAAGAUGCUUCCGGGGACGGUGAGCUCGACCUCAGUGGCAUCGAUGACCUCGAGAUCGACAGAUACAUCCUGAACGAGGCCGAAGCCCGCGUGAAGGCCGAGCUGUGGAUGCGGGAGAACGCCGAGUACCUGCGGGAGCAGAGGGAGAAAGAAGCGAGAAUCGCGAAGGAGAGGGAGCUCGGCAUCUACAAGGAGCACAAGCCCAAGAAGUCUUGCAAGCGACGGGAGCCGAUCCAGGCUAGCACGGCCGGGGAGGCCAUCGAGAAGAUGCUGGAGCAGAAGAAGAUCUCCAGCAAGAUCAACUACAGCGUGCUCCGGGACCUCGACAGCAAGGGCGCCGGCAGCCCACACAGGGAGGACGCCCGGCCUCCGGAGAGGGCUGGCGCCAGGAAGCUGUCUCGGCGGAAAACGCCAGCCAGCAGGAGCAGGGCUGAUCCCGUGGCCAGCGUGGGGAAAAGGUUGAGGCCGAUGCUGUCGACGCAGCCAGCUAAGAAGGUGGCCGUGGGAGAGCAGGCCUUGCUCCCGAGUCCCCCCUCCCGGGAAUCCGAGCCCAUCAGGCCCACAGCGGUCGUGGUGGAGAGUGGGCCUGUGUCGUACCAUCCAGAGGAGGAUGCGGACGAGGAGGACCCCGAUGAGGAGGAUGGGGAACCCUGUGUCAGCGCCCUGCAGAUGAUGGGCGGCAACGAUUACGGCUGUGACGGUGACGAUGACGAUGGCUACUGAGGCGUGACCUUGCCGCUGGCAGUGUCCUACUGGUGGACCCCCAGCAUCUCCUGAGGGGUCAGAUGGGCCUCUGGGGCCAGCCCACAGGCGUGAGCACCGAGACUUGGUGACAAGAUGGGUGCCGGCCCGCCUGCCCCGCCGCCCUCUUCCACAGCCACACAUGGCCUCUGUGGCACUUGCUGUUUGUUGCGACCAUGUUUUGAGCAACGUGUAAGGAGUGUUUCUGCCCAGCAAGGGGGGCCGGACCAGCUGUCUGUAUCUGGUCAGAGGUGGGUCUCACAGCCCAAGAACCCUUGCAGGCGGCAAUGUCAUGUCGCACGGAAGGAAACUAAGACACAGGGAGCCCCAGCCACUUGUCCAAGUGCAUGGAGGGCUGGGCGGGCUCCAGGACCCUCCUCUGCCUGUGUGGAGCUGGGUUCCCUGCGCCCCUCACCUUCUUGCCAUGUCUGAGAAGCACUUUGUGUCCCGCUGGUCCAGAAUUGAUUGUGUAUCUCCAGCCGAAGUCCCCAGCUAGGCCCUCACGCCUCCCUGCCACUGCCUGGGCCCUGGGGACCCCACAGAUCUGCACCCAAGAGCCCAGAGGCUGCUUGGCCAGCCGGCAUCACUCAACAGACAUGUGCACAGCCACCCCGGGUAGCCUGCGCGGCAGGCCUGGGUGAGAGAGCUAGAGGUGCUUCCUGUCUGAGCUGCGAUCAGGCUCACUGUCCACAGAGGCAUGGCCGGCAGAGGGGCCUCGAGCUUAGCAGCCCUGCUCUGGAUGGUUCCUGCCACCCAGAACCUCCCGGGCCGGGCCUUCUCAUUGGAAGGCCCAGGGACCACUCUCGGUCUGGGCUUGGGCACAGCUGCCCCGGAGGUGUCCUCUGGGGGAGGGCAGAUGCUUCUGCCCUACCAGGGCCCAGCCCCCCCACCCCUGGAGUGGGCAGACCCCUCCUAGAGUGCACCCUCCCGGAGGGCACCAGAGUUUGCAGGGGUGGGUAUUUUGAGGCCAUUGGCUGUGCCCCUCGGCCUGUACCAUGCAGCCAGCCUGGACUCCAGGGCUCCUGGAAGGCUGGAGUGGAGGGUUGGCUUGGUGAAACAGAAAGAUCGUUCCGUAAGCAGAAACCCACUGAGUCUGUCGUCUACAAUUCCCUGUCUGGCUCCCUGGAGGAGUGAGGCUGAGGCAGGGGUACCUGCCCUCCAAGCUCCAUGCUCCUGGCCUUGACUGAUGGGGAACCAUCAGUGACAUGUCCACCCUCACAGGAAGUCCCCAUGCCAUUGUUCCCAGCUGUGGGCCAUCCUGGCCCUGGGCCCCUCUUGGGGCUAGGAGAGCUUGCUUGGCUGCAGCGGCUCUUAGAGGAGCCUCAUGGGCUGGGGGCUCAUUGCACUGCGCAGGGGGCACAUGGUGGGCCGAACCAGA